AUGGGUGAAAUAGAGACGGGAUUUCAGCUGAACAAUGCCUCAGUAGCAGAGGAAGCUGUCUGCACCAGAGACUCAGGACUCGAGCCGCCGGGAGAAGCCUGCAGGGCAUCCACAGCCACGGCCAGAGACGCCUGUGGCCAGACCUGCCAGCGACUAGCAUGGUUCUGUGGCCAGGAACCUCGCAUCCUGAGGAAUAGUUUGAAGGCUGGGACAUUCACCUGCCUCAGCAACAGUAUUCUCAGGAUUGACUGCCACUGGUCUGGUCCAGAGUUGGCCGAGGACUCCAGGGCCUGGCUCCUCUUCACCAGUAACCAGGUGACUGGCAUCAGGCACAAGUGCAUGUUUUGGGGCAAUACAUGCACCCUGGUGCUGCCCCCUGAGGAAGUGCUGCUGCAGAGUGAUAACUUCACCAUCACUUUCCACCGCUACAUCUUGGGGCAGGAGCAAGUCAGCCUGGUGGACUCACAGUACAUGCCGUGGAGAUAUGUUAAGCUGGACCCUCCUUCUGACUUGCAGAGCAAUGUCAGCUCUGAACAUUGUGUCCUGACCUGGAGCAUCAGUCCUUUUCUGGAGCCCAUGAUCCCGCAUCUUAACUAUGAGUUGGCCUUUAAGAGACAGAAAGAGACCUGGGAGCAGGCCCGGCACAAGGACCAUAUUGUUGGAGUGACCUGGCUCAAGCUUGAAGCCAUCGAGUUGAAUCCUGGUUCUACCUACGAGGCCAGACUGCGUGUUCACAUGGCUCUGCUGGAGGAUGACAUGGCAGACAAGGAAUGUUUUAAGGGCCAGUGGAGUGAGUGGAGCCAAUCUGUGCUCUUUUCCUCUCCCCAGAAGGGCCUCCUGAUCCCACCCUCAGGGUGGUCAGACAGCACCCUUGUUACUGUGUCCAUCUUCCUUCUGCUAAGUGGCCUGACCCACUUUCUAUUCAAGCUAUCACCCAGGGUGAAGAGAAUCUUCUAUCAGAAUGUUCCCUCCCCAGCAGCCUUCUUCCAUCCCCUCUACAGUGUGCACAAUGGGGACUUCCAGACCUGGAUAGGGGCACACAGAACUGGACUACAACCAACCCAGGAUGGUGUCAACACUCCACCAGGAGGCUCAGAGUCCAGCAUCUGGGAGGCCAUCACAGUGCUCACCUACAGCCCAGCAUGCCCCUGGCAAUUCUCCAGCCUGGAGGAGGAGGGUACAGGCUCCAGUUUCCUAGGACACCCAAGCUCAGAGCAUGUGCUGCCAGCUGGGUGUGUGGAGUUUGAGGGACAACCAUCUGCCUACCUGCCGCAGGAGGACUGGGCCCCUGUGUGCCCCACCAGGCCAGCUCCACAAGACUCCGAGGGCAGCAGCAGCAGUGGCUACUGUAUUUUGCAUUUCCCAGAAAAUACCCAGGGCCUUGAGCCCCUGAAGCCUGAGCCUGUGGCUUUUCCUGUGUCCAGUAGGGCCUGA